UGGGUGUGAAUGGAGGAAGGGGCGCAGGCAGGCAGGGUGAGGAGGCUCCAGUAAUGCAGAGAGGAGGAAAAUGGCAGAGCUACAGAUGCUGCUAGAGGAGGAGAUUCCUGCGGGGAAGAGAGCUUUACUGGAGAGCUACCAGAACCUGUCCAGAGUGGCCGAGUACUGCGAGAGUAAUUAUGUACAGGCUCAGGAUAAAAAGAAGGCCUUGGAGGAGACUAAAGCGUACACGACUCAGUCUCUGGCCAGCGUGGCGUAUCAGAUCAACGCUCUGGCCAACAACGUGCUGCAGCUGCUGGACAUCCAGGCGUCUCAGCUACGCCGCAUGGAGUCGUCCGUCAAUCACAUCUCGCAGACCGUAGACAUCCACAAGGAAAAGGUCGCACGGCGAGAGAUCGGGAUUUUGACCACCAACAAAAACACAUCACGGACGCACAAAAUCAUCGCCCCCGGGAACAUGGAGCGCCCGGUGCGCUACAUCAGGAAGCCGAUCGACUACACGCUGCUGGACGACGUGGGCCACGGCGUCAAGUGGCUGAAAGCGAAGCAAGGGAGCAGCCAGCCUGCCAGGUCUGGGGGCGGGACUUUAUCGAGGACCAACCCACCCACGCAGAAGCCCCCGAGCCCACCCAUGGCGGGGCGUGGCACCUUGGGGAGAAACACACCCUAUAAGACUUUAGAGCCUGUGAAGCCGCCUGUGGUGCCGAACGACUACAUGACGAGUCCAGCGAGACUCGGGGGACAGAGCAGCCCCGGACGCACUGCAUCGGUUAACCAGAGACCCCGGACGCACAGUGGGAGCAGUGGCGGUAGCGGUGGACGAGAAAACAGCGGGAACAGUGUGGGAAUUCCUCUGGCUGUUCCGACCCCGUCUCCUCCUAGCAUGGCACCAGUGGUACCUCCAGGUCCGGGUCUGGGUCCCGUUCCGAUGUCGCAGUUUGGCACAAUUUCUCGGCAGAUCUCGAGGCACAGCUCAUCCAGUGCCUCGUCCUCUGCCUCCAUGGUGUCAGCGACCGGCACAUACCGCCGAGCCCCGUCCAGCUCCUCUCAGUUCUCAGUGCCCCAGUCGCACCUUAACGGCGGUCCGACGUACCCACAAAACCCGGCUCCGGUCUCUGUUGCCCCGCCUCCUCCUCCAGUGGCGCAGCUCACACCCCAGAUUCCUCUCACUGGGUUUGUGGCCCGAGUUCAGGAGAAUAUUUCAGACAGCCCCUCCCCUCCUCCACCACCGCUCCCUGAAGACACACCCAUGUUUGAAGAGGCGGCUCCACCCCCUCCGCCACCUCCCGUGGACUAUGAAGAAGAGGACGCCGCACUGGUGCAAUACAACGACCCCUACGCAGACGGAGACCCUCACUGGGCUCCCAAGUCCUACAUAGAAAAGGUGGUGGCCAUCUACGACUACACCAAGGACAAGGAUGAUGAGCUGUCCUUCAUGGAAGGUGCCAUCAUCUACAUCAUCAAGAAAAACGAUGACGGCUGGUUCGAGGGCGUGUGCAACGGCGUCACCGGACUGUUUCCCGGAAACUAUGUGGAGUCCAUCAUGCACUAUGCUGACUAACGCUAACUAGCGAACGGUUUCAUCUGACCUAUUUAAGUAUUUACGAUGUGCAGUGUACUGAGGAAGUUCUUCGGUUCUUCCGGAUUUCGGGUUUUCAGAGGUGUUUUUGUACAUACGGUACUGUACGAAACCUGUCAGUUGUGACUAGUGCGUGUUAUUGUGCGUGUUUCGUCAGUUUAAAAAUGAAAACAAGUGGUAGUUUAUAUUUUAACGUACUACUCCCUUUGCGUCAGGGAAGACGUGGUUGAAUGUCGUGAUUUACAGUAUAAUCUGGAUGAUAUACUAGGUCAUCCUUAUUCCAUGUUGCCUGCAGUGUUAGGGUAUGUUGCGUUUUAAUUCCACGUAUGUUGCGAUCGUAACAUUUCAUAGCUAUAGCAUUUGUUUUGCUAGCUGCAAACUGGGUUCCGUGUAGCCAGACGCUAAUGAGCCAGGUACUUCAUCUGUAUUAUACUUGCCUGCUAAUGUGACUUCACUUGUUCCUUGACUGCACUAGCUAUUUAGCGAGGUAGUUAAUUGACCAGCAAGGAUAGCUAAUUGCCCAGCUAAUUCAAGGAACACUUGCUCUCCAAAGAAAUUUGCUAGCUAGUUAGGGCUAAGCAGCCAGGAACUAAUUUCAAGGGCAGAAAUUUGGCAAUUUAAGUGACUUUUUUUUUUUAAACGAAAAUGUACUCUUAACUACAUGAUGCUACAAACAUUUUAAAUCAAGUGACCUGAUGUUACGUAGCAAAUGUGUGGAGCAAUGUGUCCUUUAACUUAUAAGUUAUUAAAAUCUUUAAUUCAGCUGUGCUGACUAGCAUGCUAGCUGUGAUUUUGCGCAAAAAUUCCGGUUCAAGUACCAUAUGGCUGAUUUGAAUCAGACAACAUUCUGCCCAAAAAAAAAACAUUCGGGCUAAUCUCAUUCUUUAGUAACAAUCAUCCCAAGGCCUGUUGCCUCAUUUGCACCCGAGUGAAAAUAGAAUAAUUGUUAGGGGAACUUGAGUAAUUGUUUACACGAUAUAACAGCCUAAUCUUAGCUAGGUCUCGAACGACACUGGCUAAUGGUUUACACACAAAAGUAGCUAGCGUGACGUUAGCUCGCUUACUCGCUUGACUACGGUCUUACACACACAAUUGCCUCAUGUUAGCUAGUGCGCUAGCAACCUUGCCUACUGGUUUACACAGUGUACUGUAAUACAUAUUUAGCCAGUUUGUUGGUGCUUGUCAUUGCACCAUACAGUGCUUAGCCUAACGUUAGCUAGCUAGUAGAGUUAAACAGCUACAACUGAAGGGGUACUGCUUAGCAAGAUAAAGAUAGCCUAGCUAGUGACGACUCAGUGGUUUUUGUCCGUGAAAAUCCGUUUUCACUCGGGUGCGAAUAGUUUUUAUUCGCAGUUACAAGCAAGCACAGCAUGAAUUUGUAGAUUGUCGGUAAAAUGAAGUUGUUUGUUAGUUUUUUUUGUUGUUGUUGUUUAUAAUUGAUGAUGUUGAAGUUUGCUUUUAUAUUAAUUUAACAGAUCAGUCAUGAGAAUGUGAUUGACUUGAUGCUGUGUGAAACACGACCACACGGUGUUAGUGACUCAUCACCUCCGCCCAGAGCUUCUGUCUCAUCACUUUGUACAUAAAAUAAACCCGUUCUUUUUUUUUUUUCCUCAGUUGAUGUACAGCGGUUUUUAUAAUAAAGGACUGUCCAGUA